ACUCUCUCGCAGGCAGCGGCGGCGGCGGCGGGGAACAGCGGGUUCCGGCCGAGGCACACCGAGGGGAGCUCGCGGUCGCCACUUGCCGCCCUAAGCGCUCUCCCAAGUCCGGCCCGCUCGGCGAGGACUUCCGUCUCCUGGGCGACCCUUGUCAAGCAAGCUGGGAUCUAUGAGUGGAAAGGUGACCAAGCCCAAAGAGGAGAAAGAUGCUUCUAAGGUUCUGGAUGACGCCCCCCCUGGCACACAGGAAUACAUUAUGUUACGGCAAGAUUCCAUCCAAUCUGCGGAAUUAAAGAAAAAAGAGUCCCCCUUUCGUGCUAAGUGUCACGAAAUCUUCUGCUGCCCGCUGAAGCAAGUACACCACAAAGAGAACACAGAGCCCGAAGAGCCUCAGCUUAAGGGUAUAGUUACCAAACUCUACAGCCGGCAAGGCUACCACUUACAGCUGCAGGCUGAUGGCACCAUUGAUGGCACCAAAGACGAGGAGAGCACUUACACUCUGUUUAACCUCAUCCCUGUGGGCCUUCGAGUGGUGGCCAUUCAAGGAGUUCAGACUAAGCUGUAUUUGGCAAUGAACAGCGAGGGCUACUUGUACACCUCGGAACACUUCACUCCCGAGUGUAAAUUCAAAGAAUCGGUGUUUGAAAAUUAUUACGUGACUUACUCCUCGAUGAUAUACCGUCAGCAGCAGUCAGGCCGAGGGUGGUAUCUGGGCCUGAACAAAGAAGGAGAGAUCAUGAAAGGCAACCAUGUAAAGAAGAAUAAGCCUGCAGCUCACUUUCUGCCCAAACCACUGAAAGUGGCCAUGUACAAGGAGCCAUCCCUGCAUGACCUGACGGAAUUCUCUCGAUCUGGAAGUGGGACCCCCACCAAGAGCAGAAGCGUCUCCGGCGUGCUGAACGGAGGCAAAUCCAUGAGCCACAAUGAAUCAACGUAGCCAGUGAGGGCAAAACAAGGGCUCUGUAACAGAACCUUACCUCCAGGUGCUGUUGAAUUCUUCUAACAGUCCUUCACCCAAAAGUUGAAAGUUUCAGUGCCGUUUACCAAACACGCAGGCAGAUGCCUGCCAUUAGCCCUUCAUAUAAUGUGUACUUAAGCCCCCUAAUUUAGAUUGAGCUUGCGCCAAAGAGCGCCAAGCGUUAACAGUGAACUAAAUCUGGGAGAAGGACUGUCCAAUUUUCUCAUGUUCUCACUUAUGCUUUGGGGGAUGGCAAACCAAAAAUGUUGCAUAGCUCUCAUGCUGAUACAAAUUUGCUCUCCCACCAAGAAAAUGUCAAAGACCACAGUCGUUCUUCAAACACAACACACAAAAACACGAAUCAAAAACAAGAUUAACUGCUUACAUGUUUUCGUCAAAGCAAAGAAAAUCAUGUGAAACGUGUUCUUUUCCUGGCUUCAUGUUUUCUAUUCAUGCUUGAUUCAGAUGUCGUCGUCUUUAUUUUGGUAUAGUGCAGUGUUUUGAUUUCUGAAAUUCUAUGGUUCUGUCGACUCUGUGUCGCUUAAUCCAAAUCAACCAAAUUCAGGGUUGAAUCGGAAUUGGCAUCUCAGGCUCAAGGUAACAGUGUUUGUGUGACUUUUAAAAAAAAAUGUUUUGUUUUGGUUUUUUUUUUAGAUUUUUAGCAAUUUGGUCAAGUUUUUGUGCUGUACUUUGUGCGUAGAAACUCAGAUGUGUCGUCAACCCCAGUCAGUACAGAUAACUUUAAAAUAAAGGAAAAGAAAAAAAUAACCCUCAAGUGUAGAUUUCUCUUAAUUCCAUUUGUGUAUCCUGUUUAAAUUAUUCUUGUGGCUUCAUCUUGUGUAAAGACGGGAACUGUGGAACUGUGAUGUUUUUCCUUGUAUUGUUAAAAUAAGAAGUGUCUUAUCUGUAUCUGUAUGAGUCAUUCUGUCACUGUAUUUGGCACGUGAAUAUUGUGUACAAGGAAAUGUUAAGAUUGGUUACCCCUAAACAACAUAUACUUAUACUUGCUAUUGGAAAAGUGUUUAAAAAAACUUAGCUAGGUUUCCAUUUAGAUCUUCAUAUCUGUUGCAUGGAAGAAAGUUGGAAUCUUGGCAUAGAGUUGCAUGAUAUGUAAGAUUUUGUGCAUUAAUACUUGUUAAAACCUGUGUUCCAAAAAUGGACAUAGCAUGUACAGACAGUUUUCUGUCCUGUACAGAAAAAGUAAAAAAAAAAAAGUUGUUUAAUAUUUGUUGUUGUAUUACCCAAUUACGCACCGAAUAAACUCUUUAUAUUCAUUCAAAGAAAAA